GGAGGGGCUCGGUCACGUCACCAUCCGCGCCGGCGCGUUGGGACGGGGGCGCGGGCGGUUGCGGCCACGGGCGCCAUCGCGACUCCUACGACGCUGCUCACGCCUCUCCCCCCUGCGCGGCCGCCUGGGCAUCGGUGCCCUCCCUGGGCGCCUGCGCGGCCAGCACCCGCGCGGCCCCGCGCGCGGCGUCCCGCCCACCAGGGCGCGGCAGGCCAUAGCGGCGAUGCGCGGGUCGCUUGCGGCACCGCCCGGGGCGCCGGCCGCGUGGGCGCCAGCCCCCGUCUGCGCGCAGGUGCCCGUCGCCCUCGCGCCGCCCCACCACGCGUCGAACGGGCCUGGGCGAUCGCCGCCGCCGGGGCCGCGCGCGCCGGCGCGCGUGCUGGCAGGCGCUGUCUCGCCGAUGCGGGGCCUCAGCCCCCGCCAGCAGGCCGGGCUGAUGCCGCUGGCGAGGCCCCACGUGCCCAACCUCUACCUGGGCGCUCGGGCAGCGCCCGUGCGCGUGCCCUCGCCCGCGGCGGCCCUCGGCGCCGCCUCGCCGCUCGCGUGCCCCUCCCCUCGGCAGGGCGCCAGCCGUGGGGUCCUCCUGGGCUGCGGCGUCGGCUCCUCCGCGGCGCCGCCGAACGGCUGCGCCAGCGUGGGCGUCACUCCCCGCCUGCCUGCUGGCCCGGGCAUGGCCCCGCAGCCCACGUACGGCCACCCCGGCCCCGCGUACGCAGCACCAGUGCGCCGCCCCGAUGGGGUGCGCCACGGCAGCCCCAGCCCUCUGCUGGGCGAGUACCGUUUCCGCUCUGCCUCGCCCCUGGCCGGCGGCGCGGCAGGGAGCGGCCUGCGCCACUGCAGUGCGGGCUCUGAGGCCCGGAGCGGCUCGCUGGAGCUGCGGGCGCCGAGCGAAUCCAGCCUGCAGGAGUUGGAGAGGGAGCAGGCGGAGCUCGAGGGGCAGCUGAAAAUGAUGCGCCUGCGGCGGCGGAGCGCGGCGCUGCGGGGCGAGGUCGAGACCGAACGGAUACUGGCAGAGGUGCACGCCCUCCAGCAGCAGCAGCAGUUCGUGGUGCUGGAGGAGGAGAAGGCCAAGCUUCUCCAGCGCCAGGGGGCGCGCCAGUUGCUGGAGAGCACUCGCUCCUCCAGCGAUGACGUGAUCGCCCGCUCGGCAAGGCUGAGGAGCCCCCGCGACCAGCCCGGGCAGAGGCAUCCCGAGGCGGGGGGACCCGCCGCAGGGCCGUCGCAGGCGCCCGGCACCGAGCCUGCGCCGGACGCCGCGGCCUCGCCCCAGCGCCCGCCGGCGGUGCUCGGCCGCGACUCCCUGUGCGACGAGAGGUCCGUGCAGGGAUCCCCGCACUCCGCGGUGUUGCGGGCCGACCACGGUCCCCCGAGGCCGCCAGCGUCGCCGGCCGCGGCGUGGGGGUGCGGCGCCCUCGGCAGCACCAGCGGCACCGUGGAGGCGGCCGCCGACACGGCCUCGGGGGAGGCCAGUGCGUCCGCCGACUGCGCGGCGGGGCUGCGGCAGCCCGAGGGCGCUCGCGAGGCGGAGGUGCCCCCGCUGCCAGCGGGCCCCGGGCGAGGCGGGGCGCCUAUGCCCAUGGGGGCGGUGAUGUGGAUGCCGAACUCGAGCUCGCGGAGGACGGUGCCGAAGGCCUGAGCCGACCGUGGCCCGUUUUCCGUUCCUUCGCGCAGGCCGACGCGCAUCCAUGCACCUGGCAUGUAAGCCCGCGCGGGAGGUACGCCAAAGAAGAGGCCGGCCUGUCAGCAGGGUGCCUUCCACAGAAGUCUCGCCUCGUGGUCCUGGCAGCCCGCAGAAGCUCACCUCGGGGAGCUCAAGGCUCGACGGCAAUCGCCCGCUGUUAUUUAAUCAUCUUGUGCGUCUGCCGUACCCUGCACCGCGUCGCUGUGUAGGAUUCCCACGGGUCGUCUGUGGACCCACGGGACAACAAUCAACGGCCCGCCACAGAAACUAGUCCUGGAUGGGAGGGCGGGCCCAUGG